AUGGGGGUCUUGCGCGGUCUCGAAGCCGCCGACGUCUUUAGCUCGGGUUCGAGCCUCGUUCGCGACAUCAUUUACGUUCUCUUUGGCGCGAUUGGCGUCAUUGUCCUCGCGAUCCUGUACCUGCUCUGGUCCAUGUACCGCGAGAGCCUCCAAGACACGGCCAGCGCAUCCUACAUUGAAAUCACAGACGAACAUGGAGAGAUGAUCCAUCAAGCGGAUACGAUUUGCUCGCGCGGUGUCGGCAUUCGCUGUGACAAUGCCGAGACGCGGCCCAAGCUGCGCAGUCUCCUCACGAUGGACGACACCAAGGACGCGCGACCUCGUCAGGCGUCGGCGGUCACAGCGACGUUGGCACACCCCGAGCUCCGACACACCAUGUCCCUCCCCGUGCCACACAGCACCAUUAUGUAG